AUGGCUGACAAGGGUAAAAGGGGACUAGUCAAUAUGACUCCUCGCAAUGAGUUGCCUGCUGGAGUAGUUCCAGACUGUUUGGUCUGGGAGCUCGUGAAGGACAACAACGCUCAUCUCUUCAAAUCUGGAACCGCAUCGUUUACUAAAGAACGCUACAACAUCAUGGCAAAGAACACUCCUGUGUACUCAGGUUUGCUCCAGAAGGGUGUGAUGGAUAUCGAAUUGGCCCAAUCUGGUUCUAAGAUUUUGUUCAAGAGUAUGAAACUCCAGGAUGUGCGUCGUCCAAGGAGCAGAACACAUCUCAAAAAACUCAGCAGGUCUCUUGCCCAUGUCGAUUACCUGCGCAAGAUUUCCGAUGAGACCAGACCAGACCUCACUCCACUUUUGUUGCAGAAGUAUGCGAAGAUAGCAAAGGCCAAGAUCGAUGUGAAAUUAGAGUAA